AUGUCAUUCCUCACGGAUAUCAACUUACCAUCUCUUCGCAGAUUCGGCUAUGACCAGGGUGUCAUGUCCGGUCUGCUAUCUGGUGAUGCAUUCACUGCGAGAUUCCCUGAAAUCGACACUACAUCUACUGGUCAUAAAAGGUCAUCGUUACAAGGCAGAGUUGUUGCCAUAUACGAAAUUGGCUGCUUUACAGGGGCAAUUAUCUCGUUGAUGGUGGGUGAAAGACUUGGCCGGCGCAAGUCUAUCUUGGCUGGAUGUGUUAUCUUGGCUAUUGGUGCUGCUCUCCAGUGCAGCGUCUAUGGAAUUCCACAACUGAUUGUUGGGCGAAUUGUUGCCAGUGUUGGCAAUGGUCUCAACACGAGUACUAUUCCUGUCUGGCAUUCGGAAUUAAGCAAAGCUACCAGUCGUGGUAAAGGACUAGCUAUCGAACUGGCUAUCAACAUUUUCGGCGUUAUGAUGUCCUACUGGGUUGAUUAUGGCUUCAAUUUUGUUGAAAGUGAAGUCCAGUUCCGUUUCCCCAUCGCCCUGCAAAUUCUCUUCGCCAUUUUGACCGUUAUUGGGGUUAUCUUCGUCCCCGAAUCUCCUCGCUGGCUCAUCAAGCACGGACAUGGAGAGAAAGCCCGCCAUGUCAUCUGGAGGCUACAGGAUAAUGCCAAGGAAAUUGACGAAAACGAUGCUGUCGUCGGCAUCGAAGUCCAGCAAAUUUCUGAAGCAAUCAUAGAAGAGACAGAGGCCUCAGCUGAAGGGUCAUUUGAACACUUCUUCCAGAAUGGUGAUCAGAAAUUCUUGCAUCGGACUCUGCUUGGCCGGCGAAAGUUGAUGAUGUUCGCGGUGGUUGGACAAGGUUGCUGUAUGGCCAUCUUGGCAGGUACUGUUUGGAGCUGUGGCCAUUCGGCAGGCCUUGUUGCGACAGUGAUGCUCUUCAUGUUCAAUUUUUUCUUCGCAGUUGGCCUUCUAGUUAUUCCCUGGCUCUUGCCGGCCGAGUAUUCGCCCCUGGCUAUUCGAACCCGAUCGGCAGCUCUUGCUACUGCAACUAAUUGGAUUUGUACAUUUUUGGUCGUUGAAAUUACUCCAGUCAGCAUUGCCAACAUCGGAUAUGGGACUCACGUCUACUUUGCCAAUUCUUCUAGUCUUCAACUCAUCUGCUUUCUCCCUCUCAUCUACUUCUUCUACCCGGAGACACGCAAUCUCACGUUGGAACAGAUCGACAAGCUUUUCACCGGCGGAAAGGUCAAUCUUUACUGGCAUCCAUCCAUGGGUAUGGCUGGCGAUGUAGAUUCUCGCAUCACCCAAAGUAAGGAGAUGGAAGCUGGCGCUGGAGAUACGGAACAUGUGGAGUAA